AUGAAAAAACUUUCUGAAUGUAUUGAAAAUCCGUUGGCGGUAUUAAUAAUGGGUUGGGUAAAAUGUGCAGUUUUAGAAAGAAGAGAUGAUAUUACCAAUGACGACACCAAUGAACUAUUACCAUAUAGUAUAAGCAAAUUCGAUGCCAAUACUUUAUCAUCAGAGUUACACAAUGUAUUCAUCGAGGCUUUGAAUACUCCCUAUCAUCAACAUUAG